GCGAGGGGAGGAGCCAGGGGCAGCUCCGGCCUGGGGCUCUAGAGCUAUGGCGGGCUCUGGGUCGCGGCCGCGGAGUUGGGGCUGGCGAGAGAUAGGGUCUAAGGACGAGGCUGCGGCCGGUGGGCCCAGCUCCGGACCAUGUCGCUGCUCACAGGGGAGGCGGGCGCUGGCCGCCCCCCGGAAGCCGGCUGUGCCCGCCGCGUGGACAUCCUUCAUGGAGGCUGAGGAAAUGCAUUGGCCUGUCCCCAUGAAGGCCAUUGGUGCCCAGAACUUGCUGACCAUGCCUGGUGGUGUGGCCAAGGCUGGUUACUUGCAUAAGAAGGGUGGCACCCAGCUGCAGCUGCUCAAAUGGCCCCUCCGAUUUGUGAUCAUCCACAAGCGCUGCAUCUACUACUUCAAGAGCAGCACAUCUGCCUCCCCGCAGGGUGCCUUCUCACUGAGUGGCUACAACAGAGUGAUGCGGGCAGCUGAGGAGACCACAUCCAACAAUGUCUUCCCAUUCAAGAUCAUUCACAUCAGCAAGAAGCACCGCACAUGGUUCUUCUCAGCCUCCUCUGAGGAUGAGCGCAAGAGCUGGAUGGCCUUGCUACGCAGGGAAAUUGGCCACUUCCAUGAGAAGAAGGAACUACCUCCAGAUACCAGCGACUCUAGCUCAGACACGGACAGCUUCUAUGGUGCAAUUGAGCGACCUAUAGAUAUCAGCCUGUCUUCAUAUCCUACAGACAAUGAAGAUUAUGAACAUGAAGAUGAGGAUGACUCGUACUUGGAGCCUGAUUCCCCGGGACCCAUGAAGCUUGAAGAUGCCCUGACCUAUCCACCAGCCUACCCACCACCCCCUGUGCCUGUACCUCGGAAGCCAGCCUUCUCCGACUUGCCCCGUGCCCACUCAUUCACCUCCAAAAGUCCAAGCCCCUUACUGCCGCCCCCACCUCCUAAGCGAGGUCUUCCAGACACUGGCCCUCCCCCCGAGGACGCUAAGGAUGCAAUGGGCCUGAGGCGAGUAGAACCUGGCCUCAGAGUGCCUGCUACCCCUCGGAGGAUGAGUGAUCCCCCAGUGGGCAACAUACCCACCAUGCCCAACCUCCGGAAACAUCCUUGCUUCCGAGACAGUGUGAACCCUGGCCCAGAACCCUGGACCCCUGGCCAUGGGACUGGCUCUGUCUCCAGCUCUACCACCAUGGCCAUUGCCACCUCUAGGAACUGUGACAAACUCAAGUCAUUCCACCUGUCUUCCCGAGGGCCACCCACAUCGGAGCCCCCACCCGUGCCUGCUAAUAAGCCCAAGUUCCUGAAGAUAGCUGAAGAAGCCCCCCCAAGAGAGGCAGCCAAGUUGGUGCCCCCUGUGGCCCCCAGGCCUCCUGUGCAGAAGAUGCCCAUGCCUGAGGCAACUGCUCGGCCUGCAGUGCUGCCUAGACCUGAGAACACACCUCUUCCCCACCUCCAGCGAUCCCCCCCUGAUGGACAGAGUUUCCGGGGCUUCUCCUUUGAAAAGGCCCGUCAGCCCUCACAGGCUGACACUGGUGAGGAGGACUCAGAUGAAGACUAUGAAAAGGUGCCGCUGCCUAACUCAGUGUUCGUCAACACCACAGAGUCCUGCGAGGUGGAAAGGUUGUUCAAAGCUACAGACCCCCGUGGAGAGCCUCAGGACGGGCUGUAUUGCAUUCGGAACUCCUCUACCAAGUCAGGGAAGGUCUUGGUUGUAUGGGAUGAAUCUUCUAACAAAGUGAGGAAUUAUCGCAUCUUUGAAAAGGAUUCUAAGUUCUACCUGGAAGGUGAGGUUCUGUUUGCAAGUGUGGGCAGCAUGGUGGAGCACUACCACACCCAUGUGCUGCCCAGCCAUCAGUGCCUGUUGCUGCGGCACCCAUACGGCUACGCUGGGCCCAGGUGACACACAUUUCACACAGCCGUUGGGUGGAAGCAGCUCUGGGCCACAGCCCUGCCACAUAGAUGGAGACUGGCUUGCAUGAGAAGAUGAACAGGAGUGGGCUCGAUGUCAGACCUCAUCGACAUGACACCUAGCCUCAGUGAUCAGGCUGGGUUCCAGGCUGGAGCAGGCAAUAACUACUCAAGAACUGACUGGAUGACCUGGCCCAUUCAGCCACUCCAUGACCCACCUCUCAAGAGCCCAGGUCUGGUGACUAAGUUCUGCCUGGGCUUCUGAUGGCACAAGAUCGGUUCCUUAUAGAAUACCUACUCUGUAGUGGGCUGGGACUGAGCAAGGCUGGGUUAGUUGAAUGGAGCCUAAGCCUUGUCCUAGGACCCAUAGGAAUGCUAAGACAUAGGAAUGCUCAAGGAGGGACCGUUGCCUCUCAAUAAAUCAGAGAUGACCUUUGUCUCAAUGACCAGGGUUUGAUUGGCACAGAGUGGGCAGCAGGCUCUACUGAGCACCACCAAUGUCCAGGUGGAAAGCUACUGAGAACAGCCCUAAUGGGUGGUCUUUAGUGUUCCAGGGCACAGGCUGCUGAGUGAACUCACUGGGAGAGAUAGCUAAAUAGCAGAUCAGGAUCUUCCUGGAUAUGUCAGUCUUGGCUGGAGCCUGAACUUGAAAGCCCCAGUUAGCAGUUAUUGAGCAACUAUUUGACUGGCUUGGUGGUGGAGCUGGUUGCCUGCUGUGAACAGCCCCAGUUCAGCUUGGCCAAGCUUAGUCAAGUUAGAGCAGGUCAGCAAGUAUGAGGUGCUGUUGGAGGUGAAGCUGCAUGAAGGGAAGCUGCAUGAAGGAUCCAGGAGCUUGGAAUCCAAUGGGGUGGGGGGGUCCAGGGAGGUUCCAGUAAGACUUCUUACAGAAGUCUUGGCCAGAGUGAGGUGGGACAGGCGAAAGAUGGGUGGGGAUAGUGGCAUCCACAUACCCAGAAGUAGUUUGGGUGAUCCCAAUUCACACCCCUGGCACAGCUGUCUAGACUGAACUUUUUCUGUGAAAAUAAAUGCAUUUGGAGGUCAGAGCAGCCAGAGACUUUGGCACCAUCUGGCUUCAUUGCACUUUAUGUUGGAGAAGAAGGUUGUUUUUUAAUUUUAUUAUUUUUAUGCAUAUGAGUGUCUUAGACCGCAUGUAUGUCUGUAUCAUGUGUAUGCACCUGGUGCCCAGGACAUACAGAAGAGGGGGUCAGAUCUCCUGGGACUGGAGUUAUGAAUGGUUGUGAGCUGCCACAUGGAUGCUGGGAGUCAAAUCAGGGUCCUCUGGAAGAGCAGCCAGAGCUCUUUAGCUGCUAAGCCAUCUCUCCAGCCCUCGAGGAGAGGUGUUUACAUAGAACCUAGAGCAAGAACUGGACUUGUGCUCAGUGGCCAGGGACUGCUGUUUAGUAAGAGGGGCUUUUGAUUGGGAUGCCCAGCCCCCAACUCCUGUAUUUUGGAAGCUUCAAAUUUGUGGAUGUGGGAGGCUAUGUCCCUCCUCUCCCCGGCCUCAUGGGGUGCAGUGAAUGACAGUCCAAGGAUUCCAGUAGCUACCUGCUUCCAGGAACCAGAGUCCAUCUCUGCAGAUGUUUUCUUUUCAGCCUACCAGGGGAGAGGGACCAGGAUGCCAGGGUCAAGUUUAGGGUAUAUGGAACUUUUGGUGUAUUGAACACUCCCUUGAGGGACAAUCCUUUUUUCCUCCCUUUCUAGACCAAACCAGGGACUGGGGUCAUGGAAAUGGCCACAGUGUCCAUCUCUGUGAAUUAUAAAGCAGAAGUGGAUGGUCCCAUGCCUAGGAGUCUGCUGAGUGUGCACAGUGCUGCAGAGCACAUGCUUGGGAGACCAGCUCACUGGCUAAUAUGCUUCAAGCCCCGGGCUAGAGGAUUUGAGGAUUCUUUGGGUCAGAGACAUGUGAUGGAUCCUUCAGGCUGACUAAACGUGGGUGUUUGAGGCCCACCUAGGGGUUUCUUACAGCUUUGUUCUUAUCUCUUGUACUCUGGCCCAGCUGGCCCAGCUCUCCACCUCUUUGAACUGACCCAAGCCCAGAACCUUUUUCACAAGAUUGUGUACAGGGGUGAUGGAUGGUAGAGUCCUGUCCUUGGUUCUACAGCAUGAAAGAGGAAUUCACAGUGUGGUGGUUAUGUAUUGAACAACUUCGGGCAUGUGUGUUGCUGUGUGUUGCUGAGCUGGAGAAGUAGACCCACUUUUAAGUGAGAGACCUGAGAAGCCUGAGUUUGAGUCUCAGCUUUGCUAUUUACUGUCAUGUGAAUCCAUCACUGCUUUCCACUCUGAAUGGAAACUCCUGCCUGGGUUCCUGACAAUUUUCUAGCCACCACUAAUCAUUGGGGUAUUUGGUCAGCUCCACUUACCUCACAUAGCUCCCAGGUGCCCUCACCCAUCCCAAGAGCCAUAGCUCUGGGGUUGCAAAUUUGCUUUCUGAAUCCCAGCGUGUGAGGCAGGGUUUGGGGAUGGGCCACGGAAGCUCCAGGUCCUGCUCUAGAGGUAAACCUUUCUUUCUACAGUGAGAGAAACUGAAGUCCAGAGAGGGUUCCCUGACUUGUCUGCCAUUAUGAUGUGCUUAUAAAAGGCUUCAGUUUGGAGUCUGAGGAAAGGAGGUAGCAUGGGAAGCAUCCUUAGGUCAAGGCUAGGGAGGACACAGCUUUAUGUUUCCUGAUCUGAAAGUGUGGAGAAUCUUUGCUCUCUGAGGUUGUUUCCCUAUUUUUAGAUUUUUGUUUGUUUUUUGAGACAGGGUUUCUCUGUGUAGCCCUGGCUCUCCUGGAACUCACUCUGUAGACCAGGCUGGUCUCAAACUCAGAAAUCUGCCUGCCUCUGCAUCUCAAGUGCUGAUAUUAAAGGCAUGUGCCACCACUGCCUGGCAGAUUUUUUUUUGUUGGUAAAAGGGUUUUCAUUUACUGUUUACACAGCUAGAGAUGGAACCCCAGAGUCUUGCUAAUGUUAGAGGUAAGUGCUCCACUACUGAGCUAUAGCCCCAGUCCAGUAGAGACUUAUAUACAAGUGCCAGUUGCUCCCACUCUGGGUCAUGUUUCUGGGUGUGGCCCUUAUUCACUUGACCCCCCCCAGAUACAGCUUCAUCCCCAAUACAGGUCGACAUAAUAGGGAAGAGGCUUUGAUGGAAGCACUGGGGAGAAUUCCUAGACAAUGCCAGGGCCUACAGAGUAGAUCUAGGACCUGAACCAAAUCCACGUGUCUGGGAAGGAGAAAGGAGAACAACGCAGGUCUGAUCCUCACUGCACCCCUUGGACACAUCCUGCAAGCAUCUACCUGCGUCUCCUGUUCCCUCCAUCUGGUUAAGACUGCCUGGCUAUGGAGUCCUUAAGGAAACCUCCUUAGAGAAGGGGCAGAGGCCUCUUCUCUCUGGAAGUGCCACAACACCAAACCAUGAAAGUAUGUGCAAGUGGUGAUCCCCCUUCAAACCACUUUCCUGUCUCUCCCUAGAGGGAGACUGGAAAGCGGGGGGCAGACCUCUGACUCAUCUACCCUUCUACACAGGCACUCAGCUUCCUGACAGCUGUCCUUGCACUGCCUGAGAGCUGUAACCCUUACAUGUCCUGAGCUGCUCUGAGCUCAGGCAACUCCUUUCCUUCUUCAUUUCCUGUGAAAUAAAACACACAGAA